AUGAAAGCGUCUUCAAGAAAACCAGCUCGUGCAAAUGGGCAAUCAUGCACGCAUAAUGAUCAACACUCGUCCGGAUUGGUAGAUAUUGGACAAGAGAUUUUUCUAAUUAAAAUCUCUUUUUGGUUAGGGCAGCCCUUUGGUCAGAUUCCAGCUCUAGAAGACAAUGAUCUCACUUUAUUUGAAUCUAGAGCAAUCACAUCAUACGUUGCUGAAAAAUUCAAGGAAACCGGCACUGAUCUUUUGAGGCACAAAGACCUGAAAGAAGCGGCAUUGGUAAAGGUAUGGCUCGAAGUUGAAUCGCAACAAUUCCACCCACCCAUGUCUUCGAUUGUGUACCAAUUCUAUGUGGCGCCGACACAAGGCAAAACACCAGAUCAAGCCAUCAUUGAUGCAAACUUAGUGAAGCUAGGGCAAGUGCUUGACGUGUACGAGACUAAGCUCAGUAGCACCAAGUAUCUUGCAGGAGAUUUCUAUAGCUUGGCUGAUUUGCACCAUCUUUCUUACACUUAUUAUUUCAUGAAGACUCCUUUUGCUUCACUUAUAAAUGAACGUCCCCAUGUGAAGGCUUGGUGGGAGGAUAUUACUUCUAGGCCAGCUUUCAAAAAAGUGGCCGAGGGUAUGAAGUUUGGCGGUGAUUGAUAAUUGUAGGGCUGUUCGACUUCUAUUCUAGUCU